AUGAAGAUCUCCAUUUCUACGGGCAUCGUCGCUGGCGCGCUGCUAGCAGUCGCUGCUCUCCCCUCUGCGUUUGGAGAAUCGGAUACUGCGGCACUCGGCGCUCAUCUCAAUGAGUACGGAACUAUCGUGCGAUCGCUGAGAGGCAGCACACCCAAUGAGGCGGACGACCCCGAGGAAGAAAGGAGCCCCAUGAACUGGAUGGGCGACUUGGUCUCCCUGCAAAAGGAUAGUGCGCUCUUGACAGGGAUCGCGCAAUCUCUCCGUUCUCACGACAACGUCGAGGGUGUUUUCAAGAUUGAGAGUUUGGCAGUCGCACCCAUCAGCGCAGAGAAUGUGUUUCAGGAGCACUUGGCGAAAGAGUUGUUGUCGAGUCGCGAGUUCCUGGAGUGGUAUCAAAACGCGAAAGAGGUUGUGAGGAGCAGCGAGUUCGCGGCGUUCAACCACCUCGAGGCGGCCCUUGGCGCACAUGAUUUGGCAGUCAUGAUUGAUCUCGUGCGAUCGAAAAAGCUGAAAGUACCGAGGGAUGCCAAAAAGGUGAUUGAAGAGCUCGAGAAGAAACAGUUCGAAAAGUGGGUGCUAUCGGGUUAUUCGCAAGAAGUCGUUUCGGAAACGAUCCUACGCCAGCCCGAGGGAACGAUCCAUCCGAUCGCUGACAAGUACGAAGCGUACGUCACUAACAACCGACGCAAAAAGGGGUUCAUAUGGACCCCAUAA